AAAUAAAGUUGGGAGUUAUUUAUUGAUGGUCAUCCUGCAGUUGUUUUUCUAAAAAUAUAAAAAUUCAUGAAGUCUAAGAUGUAAGGUUAUGUAUUACGUUUUCCAAGACAACUUUUUUAGAAUUUAUAAUUCCUAACUUCGACAGUAAUAGGUUUUAAAAAUGUACAAAUUUGUUAACGGCUCUAGAUUUACUCGCCAGUCAGUAUUACGUCAAUGUUGCUGUGGAAUGUCGAAAAAUAGUGAUACAGAAGAUCCUGGAAAAGCCCUAGUAGUAAAAGAUCUUCGAUCGAAAUUGAAAGAAUCCAAUUCAGUAACAUCAGAUCAAAUGCAGUGGAGAACUUCUUGGCAUCAGGAGCAAGGAGAGCAUUAUAGUUUUCUAAGAACAUUUUAUAAGGAAUCAAAUAACAGAAGUUUACUUCAAAAAAUACAAAGCCCUAUUGAUUUUUCACCCUCGGGGAUUAAGAAAUGGUGGGGUAAAAAGGUUGAUGAAUACGAAAUAAUUUCACAGUCGUAUAUUCCAGAAAGACAUCAAAUUCUUGGAAAUGAAUUAGCAGCUGCUCAUUUUAUCGUUUACCGAGGGGGUGCAGUGAAGUUCUUCAAUGAGGAUAAAUGGAUUAAAGCUAAUGAAUAUAAAGAAUAUAGUCUGCCUCGACAUUAUCAGACAGAUAAAUAUCUUCAAGCUAUAGAUUGUUCCAACAUGAACCUUCGAUAUGAAGGUCUUGUCAACAUCCGAGGUCUGAAAAAAGUGGAGUGGUUAAGUCUUAAUGGUUGUGACAAUAUGGACGACUGGUGUCUUGAUACAAUUAGUAAUAUUUUCAGCCACAGUUUGUUAUAUUUAGAUUUGAGAAAUUGUCCCAAGAUUACUUAUCGGGGAAUUGGAGCAUUGUAUAAGAUGCAAAAUUUAAAAAUUUUGUAUUUAGAUGACUUUUUAAAAUCUACUGUUUAUGAAUUGACUUGCUUGAUGUUACAAGAAGUGAAUCCUGAUCUAGAUAUUAAGAGUGACCCUGUGACAUUUGAAAUAAGUUAAUAAAUCGUUCAAUUUGUAAAUC